AUUAUCCACUCAUUCAUCUGCUGUUUCCCUCAUCACACUCAUUUCCACGGAUUGCUGUGCGAUUCGCUCAUUCUUUUCCAAUCUCAUCCUUCAUUGUGUCCAUAUACUUCGACCAUUUCUAUCAUCUCAGCCAGAAUGUGGUUCAACAAGAUCACCGUGCAGAAGGCCUUCGCGUUGGCGUCUUUGCUCCUGAGCUCCGGGGUCUCAGCCGCCGCCAUCCCCGUUGAAGCAGGAUCCGUGGCUCUCGCCGAUGCUCCGGAGACCACGCAGAUCUCUACCACCGUCGCCCCGGUUGUCGCUCGUGCUCCCGACUGUCAGUUCUGUCGCGACGACGAUGAGGAUGAGAUAAUCGAUGAGGACUGGGCCCUGAGUGCCCGGGACUUCGCCGACCUCCCCAUCGGUGCCCGCGAGCUGGAACCUAUCACCGUCCCGUAUGACGUGGAUCUCAGCGAGGAGGCAUCCAAGACCACCCGCGAUGUUUCCACGCCGGAGAAGCGGACGGGGACCACCCAGACCGAGCCCAAGUACAAGAAGCUGGCGGAGGCCCUGGGCAAGACCCCUGAAGUCGGCAAGGGCUACGCCAUCAAGAUCCGGAGCGAGCGCAACGAGCUCUCGGGCAAGAACUACCCGGACCACUACCUGAUAGUGGUCGGGUACGUGACGUCGCGCGCCGACGGCAGCAGCACGCUCCUCAAGUUUGACUCGGCGUGCUACGACAUCCAGCUCGAGGGCAAGAAGAUCGUGAUGACGGACCGCAGCGGCACCGAGUGGUACAGCUGGGACAAGGCCAAGUACGAGGUUCUCGGCUUCAUCAAGCAGGGCUUGAACUACAACUCCAUCGAGCACGAGGGCCAGCAGAUUGUCACCGAGAUGAACAAGAAGGGCUACAACCUGCUCACCAACAACUGCCGUGACUUCGUCAUGAAGCUGUACAAGAAGAUCAAGGCCUAGCGGGCACAAAGGUAGCUCGAGGCCGGAUGGAGAGGUUCUCUAGGGAACCUAUCUGUCGGAUGAUAACAUUGUUGUG